AUGGGAACAAAAGAAGAUGAAAGCAUUGACCAGUCCAAUCCAGCCUUGGUCUUUGGAGUCUCGGGCGAGCAAGGUCGAUCAGUAGCCGAGGGGCUUGCCAAUGCAGGAUACGCUCCAGUCUAUGGAUUUACUUCCAACCGAGACGUCCUCAAUGACCAAUAUUUGUCCGACGCAUUGAAUUGUAUUCUUCUGGAGGGAAGCUUUGGAAAUCCCAAGCAAAUUGAAAAGGCGCUUGUUUCCACCCGGGCGAAAGCCAUCUUUGUCACAACAACAACACAACUGGCUACAGACGAACAUGCCGGGUUUCAAGCAUCCCGGGACGACGAAUGCGACUGCAUUAUUCAAUUCUUUGCAACGCUCAAGAAAGUGUAUGAUGAGGAUAAACUGGAAAGAACGGUUGUAUUUUCUACACAUGACAAUGUAGAAGCCUUGUGUCGCAAACACAAGGAAGCGACAGGUGAAGAUGCUAUCCUUCCUCAAGACGAUGGUUCAAUUGUCCCACAUUAUUCUGCCAAGGGGAGAGGUGGGGAAGAAGCGCUCAAGAUGCUGCAAGACACUGACGGAAUCAACUUGAUCUUGUUGUCUAUGCCAUUCUUCUAUAGCAACUUUUUGGGAUUCUUUGCCCCCCUACCGAAUCAAGGACGUACACAGUGGGAAUUGACGGCAGCCUUUGGUGAUGGAUCCACAAAAAUUGACAUGAUGGAUCCUGGAAAUUUGGGACGAUUGGUUGCGAGUCUCUGCAGUGAUGCUUCCAAGUAUAGAGGGAAAAUUUUAAAAGUCGCAGGAGAGCGCAUUUCGAUGGAUGAGAUUGCCGAAACCAUUGGAGAUUUGUUUGGAAAAGACGUCAUCUACAAUCCCCUCUUACCGGAAGAACUUGCAUCCAUGGACUUUAAAACAGCUCCAGCAAUGGCACAAAUGUGUCAAUUCUUGGCAUCCCCACUCUCUCAACCCCAUGAUUUGGAUUUGACCAAACAUUUAUUGGCACCUCGGGCUCCAACCUCAUUCUCGUCAUGGCUACUGGCCCACUCGGACGGUCCAGCAUUCACAAAGGUAGGAUUGGAUCAAGAUUCUCCAGAACUGACCAAAAUAUGUGUCUUUGGAGCCACAUCUAUAAGAGGUCAAAGUGUCAUCCAGGGUCUACUGAAGGAUGACAGAAAGUCAUAUCUCAUUCGCGCGACAACUAGGCAAGAUCCGAAGACAAGCUUGGUUGUGCAAGGGAUUGUAGCGCUGGACCCUAGUCGCAUUGAAUUUGUCCAAGCAAAUUACGAUGAUGUAGAAUCUUGUAGAACGGCAGUAGAGGGAAUGGACGGAGUUUUUAUGGUUGCUGAUCUCCGUGACAAUCGUGGGGAGCUCUUCAACACAGAAGAGCAUCAUGUCCACAACAUUAUUGACGCUUCUGAAGGAAAGGUGCAGCACUUGGUAUUUUCUGCCUUGGGCAGAAGCGAUGUUGCAAAGGAUGGAUUACCGCAGAAGGAUUUGCUAGAAUUCUCAUCAACGGCACAGAUUGCUGCUUACUCCAAGAGCAAGAAGCUUUCCUGUACAUUCAUCGUCAUGCCGUGCUUCCCUGGAGAUCAAUAUGAUAUUGUCCAGAGCCAAAAGGGCACUGAAAACGCCUUUAACGCCAUGCUUAAAAUUCCAUCUGCAAAUGGGAGUGUUGAAUAUUGCAUCAGUGUCAACGAACUGGGCCCUGCAGUGGCGGAUAUUUUUGACAGCUUUGAAGUCUUUUCAGGACAUGAGCUUGCGCUCUUGACCAACUUCGUGACUGUGGAGCAAGCCGAGGAAGUCAACGGGGCAAUCGAUUCAAAAGCGGAAUUCUCUAAGGGCAAAACGAGAGUCGAAGCAGACCACACAUACAUGAAGGAUCUUGGACAACUUUUUUCCAAAAUGAGCCAUUCCACCAUGAUUGCAGGCCGACACGAAACUGCAAAGACAUUGAACUUGAUUCCAAAUGCUCAAAACUUGAAAGGUUGGGUGGAGCAUAACAGCGAGAAUGUUGCAUUUAGAGAAAAGUUGGGAAUUAGAUGA